AUGCAAAUUAUUCUCCUCGCGGGUGCCGCCAUAGCUUUCGGUGCCGGAUUCCUCUACUCCUCUUUCUCUCUCAUGAUGUAUAUUCAUCUAGGCGCCACGUUGCUCGCGUGCCUCGUGGUGGUUCCCGAUUGGCCCGCUUUCCGCCAGCACCCGCUGACUGGGGUGCUGUGCGAGUGGGGUGCUGUGCGAGUGGGGUGCUGCGCGGAUGGGGUGCUGCGCGGGUGGGGUGCUGCGCGGAUGGGGUGCUGCGCGGGUGGGGUGCUGCGCGGGUGGGGUGCUGCGCGGGUGGGGUGCUGCGCGGAUGGGGUGCUGCGCGGGUGGGGUGCUGCGCGGAUGGGGUGCUGCGCGGGUGGGGUUCUGCGCGGUGGGAUGCUGCGCAGCCUUUCCUCUUACGAGUCCCAUCAUCCCCUUCCCUCUUUCGAGUCCCAUCAUCCCCUUCCCUCUUUCGAGUCCCAUCAUCCCCUUCCCUCUUUCGAGUCCCAUCAUCCCCUUCCCUCUUUCGAGUCCCAUCAUCCCCUUCCCUCUUUCGAGUCCCAUCAUCCCCUUCCCUCUUUCGAGUCCCAUCAUCCCCUUCCCUCUUUCUAG